CCAAUCCCAGGGGGCGCUAGCGUGGUUCUCGCCAAACCUUUAGCUCUUAAAGUGAUUUCUCUCACCGAGAAAGGGAGUCCUCUGCUGGUUGAGACGAACAUCUGCGUAGGUGACAGGAAUGUCCAGAUCCUCUCUGAUAUUAACACCUCAUUGAGGGCCAUUGAGGACCAUUAUCUGAUGGCGCCGAUUUUGUGUGAUGGCAGUAAAGGAACUUGGCCCUAUGUCGAUGAAUCAUUGUCGGAACGUUCUUUGAAAUCUCGAGUUAGUCCUAAGUGAAGAAGGUUAAGGGUUGACUAGAGCUGAAUGCUCCGGAAGCAGAUAGGCGGGAACUCCAUUUGUUCACCCAGCAUGGACAGCUCUAUCACGACUUGUCGCUCCCCACAUUGGCUUCCUCUUCGAGGGUAGCAAUCUCCUUCCAACAGCUCGCUCAUAUCAUCGUUCAUUUUUUUGCAAUUAAUUACUUUACUGCAACAUGGGUAGAGUGGUGCCUCCGAUGGAGAGUGUUUCAAUCAAGUGUGUCGUGUUAGGUGAUGGGAGUGUGGGAAAAACCAGCCUUCUCCUCUCAUACACUACAAACACCUUCCCUGGGCUCUACGUGCCCACAGUAUUUGACAACUAUGCGGCUAAUCUGAUGGUAGAUGGAAACUACGUCCAUUUGGGACUGUGGGACACGGCCGGGCAAAGCGAUUACGACCGGCUCAGACCUCUAGCCUAUCCUGAAACAGAUGUGUUCAUCGUUUGUUUCUCGUUGACCGAGAAGGACUCUGUGGACAAUGUUCGUUGCAAAUGGAUCCCCGAGCUUCGCCAUCAUAGAGGAGAGGAUGUUCCAGUUCUGUUGGUGGGCACUAAGAUGGACUUGAGGACGAAGGACAAUGCCAAGAGUUGCAUGAGCACUCUGCACGGCCAUGCCCUGGCUCAGGAAGUGGGUGCAGAUAAAUUCAUCGAAUGCAGUGCUCUGUCGCAAGAGAAUGUGACACAAGUAUUCGAGGAGGUGGCCCGUUUGGUGAUAUAUCCGAGGAAAAAGAAAUCGAGUGGGAAAAAAUGCAGGGUGAUGUGACACAUUGAGUUGUGUUCCCUCAGAGCUGCUGGUGGAGUCUACUCGAGGAGGCCACUGACCUCAAUCGAUGUUC